AUGGCUUCCUGGAAGUCCACAGGCACCUACGUUGACGCAGUUCCCCCUCCUGGGGCGAACAUCGUCAGUGGCAUGUGGAUCUUCAGGGUGAAGCGGCCGCCAGGUUUUCCACCUGUCUUCAAGGCGCCGUACGUGGCUCGUGGCUUCAGUCAGCGGCAGGGAGUUGACUACUUUCAGACCUUCUCUCCCACCCCGAAGAUGACCACUCUUCGGGUGCUGCUACACAUAGCCGCUCAGCGUGACUACGAGCUUCACUCCCUUGACUUCAGCACUGCUUUCUUGCAGGGUAGCCUGCACGAGGAGAUCUGGCUGCGCCGUCCACCUGGCUUCACUGGGACUUUCCCUCCUGGCACCCAGUGGAGCCUCCGACGGCCAGUCUACGGUCUCCGCCAGGCACCGCGCGAGUGGCACGACACACCGAGGACUACGCUUGCGGCUCUUGGGUUUGCUCCCUCUACUGCUGACCCGUCGCUGUUUCUGCGCACCGACACCUCUCUGCCGCCGUUCUACAUCCUCGUGUAUGUCGACGACUUGGUCUUUGCCACUGCUCACACUGCUGGACUUGCCCACGUGAAAACGAGCCGCCCGACCCGAGCAGCCCGAACCGAGCCGCCCAACCCGAACCGAGCCGCCCGAACCGAGCCUCCCAGCCCAAACCGAGCCGCGCCGCUUGAACCUAGCCGCGCCGCCCUUCCCGAGCCACGCCGCCCGUACUGGACCGAGCCGCCCUACCUGAGUCGCACUGCCUACUGUUUUUGGGGUGCCCCUACUGCUAUUACUCCUACUACUGCUAUGGCUAGCCCUCCUGUGCUAGCUUUCGAUGCUGAGGGCCGCCCAGUGAAGUUCGAAACCUGGCUAGAUGACCUACACCUCUUCCUACAGCUCACUGCCAAGGAGGACAUCUCACUGUACGAUCACGCCCUAGGCCAUGCUCCUCCUCCUGCUGCUACUGCUGACAGCACUGCCCGCUCACAGUGGCAGACUCGUGACGCCCACGCUCGCUUCGCUAUUCGCAACUCCCUGCCGAUAGAUGAGCGCGAGCACUUUGGCCAGCACAGGACUGCACAGGCACUGUACACUGCUGUCGUUGCCCGCUACUCCUCACCGGCCUCUGCCGCACUAGGCCGUCUCUCUCUUCCCUACCUGUUCCCCGACAUAGCCUCUUUCCACACAGUCGCUGACCUCAUUACGCACCUCCGCACUAGUGAGGCUCGCUUCCGCGCCGCCAUGCCUGAUGAGUUCCUUGCCAAGAACCCACCCCCACUCUGGCUCACUCUCUACCACCUAGUCACCCGCCUCCCUGACACUCUGCUCUCAGGGUGCUCUCCUUCCCCCCUUCUUCCCUUUGUCGCCUCUGCUGCUGCUGUCGACCUCCUUGGUGCUGAGAAGGUCGGGACUGCGUCUGCUUCGAGCGGGCGCCGCAGCGGCAAGGGCAAAGGGGGCAAGGGCGGUGGCGGUGACGGCGGGGGAGGCGGUGGUGGGGGCGGUGGCGGCGGUGGGGGUGGUGGCGCGACUGGAGGGGCUAGUGGUAGCGGUGGGGGUGGUGGCGGCAGCGGCGGGGGAGGUGGCAGGGGCGGAGGCGGUGAUGGGGUUGGCGGUGGACGCGGCGGCGGCAAGGGUUGGGGUGGUCGAGGAGGUGGCGGCGGCGGUGGUGGUCGUGGAGGCGCUGUCGGUGGCCAGGGCCAGCAGCACACUCCGUCGCCCCAGGAGUCGUGUGGGGGAUCGCACGCCACACAGCGCUGCUUCGCUCGUCUCAACGACGCUUGGCGUGUUCAGUUCCCUCAGGCCACUGAGCUGCCCCGCUGGGUUGAUCUCCUGAAGAAGGGGAUUGAUAUCUAUGCUCUAGACUUUGAUGCUAUUCUCACUGCUAUGUAUGUGAUGUCUACUAGUGGAGAGGGUGCUGAGUACCUGUGUGUGCCGCCCGACCCGGGCAUUAGGACUAGUGCGUCUGCCGCUCCAGGUACUCGCGUGUCUGCUACCCCAGGUGCUGGUGAGGCAGCUGCUCUAGGUGCUUGUGCGUCUGCCCCCCCUGGUACUGAGUCGACGGCAGCACUGCACACCUUCACACUGGACUCAGGUGCUUCUCGCUGCUUCUUUCGUGACCGCACUUCCCUUGAGCCGCUUGCUCGGCCAGUUGCUGUCUCCCUCGCUGACCCCUCUGGGGGUCCGGUCAUUGCGACCUCCUCCACUGUCCUUCCCUGUCCUGCGGUCUCGUCGGGCACACUGUCCGGUCUGCACCUCCCCUCGUUCUCUACGAACUUGGUGGCAGGUAGUGCACUCCAGGACGGGGGUGUUCACCAGUUCACCCCUGCCUACGAGCGCGUGACACACUGCACGUGUGCUCGUAUGGGCCGCCACUUGGCUACCUUCACUCGGCAGCCGGGGUCGGACCUGUACACACUGACCACUGAGUCCCCUCAGGUCGCUGCGUAUGCAUCAGCGUCUGCGUCAGGUCAGCUGUCUGCCCCCUGCUCGUGUCGCUCUCUGGCGCACGAGACUGUCCUCUGGCACCACCGACUUGGCCACCCGUCUGUGCAGCGCCUUCGUGUCAUGCACUCCCGGUACCUUGUUUCCGGUCUUCCCAGAGUCCUCCCUCCCCUCCCACCCUCGCCUCCUUCUCCCUGUCUUCCCUGCGUCGAGGGGCGGCAGCGCGCCGCUCCUCACUCCUCCUCGUUUCCCCCGACGACUGCUCCCUUGCAGACGCUCCACAUGGACGUGUGGGGCCCAGCUCGCGUCCGUGGUCAGGGUCAGGAGAGGUACUUCCUGAUAGUUGUUGAUGACUACUCGCGCUACACCUCGGUCUUCCCCUUGCGCACCAAGGGUGAGGUCCCUGAUGUCUUGAUCCCUUGGAUCCGCAGAGCCCGUCUCCAGCUCAGCGAGCGUUUCCACUCGGACUUUCCUGUCCUGCGCUUGCACUCUGACAGAGGUGGUGAGUUCUCCUCCGACCUCUUGGCAGCCUACUGUGCUGAGCACGGCAUUGAGCAGUCGUUCACGCUUCCGGCCUCACCACAGCAGAAUGGGGUUGCGGAGCGCCGCAUUGGCCUGGUCAUGGAGGUCGCCCGUACCUCCUUGAUCCAUGCGGCUGCCCCCCACUUUCUGUGGCCGUUUGCCGUCCGGUACGCUGCGCAUCAGCUCAAACUCUGGCCCCGUGUCUCCUUGCCGGAGACCUCGCCCACACUGCUGUGGACGGGGGAGGUUGGCGAUGCGUCGCGUUUCCGGGUCUGGGGAUCUCGAGCUUUUGUCCGCGAUACGUCUGCGGACAAGCUCUCCUCCCGUGCUGUUCCCUGCGUCUUCCUCGGCUUUGUCCCGGACGCGCCUGGUUGGCAGUUUUACCACGCCACCUCGCGCCGAGUCUUGCCCUCUCAGGACGUCACUUUUGACGAGUCCGUCCCCUACUACCGCCUCUUCCCCUACCGCACUGCCCCGCUCCCCCCCCCCCCGCCUCUCUUCCUCGCGCCAGGUGCUGCUGUCGUAGACCCCCUCCUCCCUCAGGGUGCCGCUCCCUCAGGUGUGUCUCAGGUAGACCCGGUUGAGCCUGUUGAGGUAGCUAUCGACUCUCGUCCUGCUGUGGGUGCGGAGCCUGGGGGUGCUGAGCCUUGGGGUGCGGAGCCUGGGGGUGCUGAGCCUGGGAGUACUGAGCCUGGGGGUGCUGAGCCGCAGAGUCCGGAGUCUGGGGGUUCUGAGUCUGGAGGUCCUGAGCUUGAGGGUCCUACACGUGGCGGAGCCCUCUCCUCGGAGCAGCUGCGUGAGUGGUACUUCCAGUACUGCAGCCUCAGGAGAGGUACCUUUGGAGCCAGGCGUACUACUGGGACUGGUGCUAGUGCUUCUCCUCCUAGCCGGGAGCUCCGCUCCCGUGAGCGGAUCCGUGAGUGGUACGAGCGGCGCUGCACUCUUCGGAGUGGCGCGCAUGGUGUCGCGGACCUCGCUGCUGCUGGUGGUGCUGCUGGUGCUGGAGACUCUACUGGUUCUGCUGGUGCUGCGGCCCCAGAGGUUGGAGCUGUUUCUGGUGCUGCGGACCCGGGCGUUGGAGCUACGGCUGGUGCUGCGGACCCGGGCGCUGGUGCUGCUGCUGGUGCUGAGGACCCGGGCGUUGGAGCUGCUGCUGGUACUGAGGACCCCGGGCGUUGGAGCUGCUGCUGGUGCUGA